AUGUCGAAGAAAGUCGAAACCUGCGAGGCUCGCCUGGAGCAGCAGGGCCGGCUCUUGACUGCCAAGUCUGAGGUACUUAGGGCAGCCGAGCUACGCAUGGAAGAGGGCUGGGCGCUCGCUAAGAAGCUAAAUGCCCAGCUCAAUGCUCAGCCGGUCCGUGUUAAAGCCAGUGUCAGUAAGAAGGAUGAUGAGGUUGUCAUCCGACGUCUUCGUGAAAUGCUGUCCAAGACGGACGGGGAGAUCAUGACGGCCAAAAGAGACUUGAAAGAGAUGGAGGCCAAUACCGCUUCAAGAGAGCGAACUUUCUCCAUCCGGAUCUAUCAACUGGAAGAGCAGUUGUCCCAUGAGAGGCAACAGACCAAGACCGAUUCCUCAAAGAAGGUUCGGUCGCUUACGGCCGAACUCCAGGAACGGACCGACCAGCUCGCCGCCGUCAAGCACCGCCUGGCUGCCGCAGAGACCCGUAUGAAGCAGUCCCGCCAACAAGACGACACCAAAUACAUUGCGCAGCACCAAGACCCUAUCGCUCAGAACCAAGAGUUGGCAGCCCAAUAUCAGGAACUGCUGGCCCAACAUGAAGCGACCAUUGCCCAAAACCAAGAGCUCCAGGCUCAGAGCCAGGAGCUCGCAGCUCAAUACCAAGAGCUUGCUGCGCAGCACCAAGAGCUCGUAGCCCAGAAAGAGGGACUCGACAUGAAUUACGAGGUCCUUCACCAAAUGUAUCUUGAGUGCGAGGGACCUUCGGCAGCAAUGCAGCAGGAGCGCGAUAGUGCCAUGGAGCAGGUUUUCCUGCUGCGGCUUGAGCUUUCAUCAAGUCAAGCGGUUGCAGAAGAAAUGACGAAGGAAGCACAGGAGUCUGUGGCCCGUGCCCAACAAACCGAAGAGGUUCUUCGUCAGUCAAUGCGCGACCUCAAGGAUGCUUGCGACUCAACUCUGAAGCAGGAACGUGCAGAUUCAGAAGGCACUAGGGAACAAGUCGAAACCCUUGAAGGAAAGAUCGUACUUCUUAAGAGUAAGCUUCGCAUGGCCACGAAAGAUAUCCAGCGAGCCGACGGGAGGGCGGUCGCCGCCGAGAAGGCCAAGGCCGCUCUGGAAAAGCUUCUGGCCAGCAAGCAGGUCGACCGGGUCCAGGAGACGCCCAAGGCGCGACCCGGCGAACUCAAGUCGAUCACCACUGUCUUACAACAGAGUCAGGUGAAGAUCUCCGAGCAGCAGACCGAAAUCGACCAUCUCCGGAACCAGCUCAGUCAAGUCUCCCAAGGGCUACUUGGACCCUCUGAUCAGGUCCUCCAUGAAAAAGCUCGGGAGCUACGGGAGCUCCUGGACAAGGAGAAACGACAGCGAAACGAGGACCAGAUCCGGUGGGACAAGAAGACCCGCGAACUCGAGGAGGAGACUCGGAAGUUACGGAUCUCCAACUCUAACAACGAUGCCGCGCUCGUUCAUCGCGGCAGACGCAAGGCUACCCCCUUCUGA